AAACUAGGCCUUGGAGAACUGAGAUUGGACUCUGAGAUGAGAGACUAACUUGAUAAGGAACUUCACACACCUACAUGGAUAAUGGCACUGUUUCAGUCACAAGGGUUAUCAAUACUUAUGUUGAUCAUUAGAACACAGUUUGCUGGUGCUGAGUCUUGUUCUCAUGUAGAUGCGCCACAAUUCAUCACAGCUACUCAGGAAGAGGUAGCUGUCCUUCCCUGUUUCACAUCAAUCCACAAAGAUUUAGCAAUCAGAGUGAAAUGGACAAAACUUUCACUUAAACCCGAGGACAUCUUGGUGUGGCCUGGUAAUCCAUCUGUGGCCCAUAAAUCCGAACGUGUGGCCUUCGAGUCGGGAGCGGAUGUUGUGGUGGCUGGAAACCUGUCCCUGUCUCUAAGAGAUGUAAGGAAAUCUGACGAAGGGCUUUAUAGUUGCGAGGUCUGGUUGGGAUGGAGUUGUGUCCAUGUGAAAAACAUCACUCUAAAAGUGAAAGAAUGCACGAUUCUACAUUCAGUUAUGGCAGCACCCAACGGGAUAGCUACCCUGCCUUGCCUGUUGAACAUGACAACAGGAAAUCCCCAAAUAUCAUCAGUGACCUGGGCAGAGAUCAAGGGAGACAGUGAGAUCCAAAUACUUCAAUACCCUACAGAUAUCUCCCACCAAACAUCCCUCGGGAAAAGGGUGAGCUUUGGAGGGAAUCUCAGUUCAGGAGAUGCAUCUUUGACUCUUUCCAUGGUGGAGUACAGUCACAGCCAAUGGUACAGAUGUAGGUUGCAGAUGGGACAAAAUGAACGCUGCUUUGAGGUCAAGCUGCAGGUUAAAGAACAGGAAGAGGAGAACCUGGUUGUUAGGACUGUCACCACAACUGAACUAACAAACCCUACCGUUACUGCCAGUCAGAGUCCAGAAAGAGUUGCGACUGCUACAGUUGGAACGGCUACUAUAGCGGCUUCAUCCAUGUGUGUGAUUGUCAUAAUGGCUCUUACGCUGGGAUUGAUCAUUUGCCUCAGACGCCGCAGACACUCAGAUGGAGAUGAGUCUGACUGGAAUACUUAUGAAGAUGUACAAGACCCAGCAACGGGACCCAAUUGUCUGUAUUCACUUGCAGAGUUUGACCAGAAGGACAACCUAGGCACUUUUCAAUGCCAGUGAAAAGAAUAAUCAUCUUUCAAUCAACACACCAUGUCUUACCGAACCCUUCACAAAACAUCUUCCAAUCAACACACCAUGUCUUACCGAACCCUUCACAAAACAUCUGUAAAUGCUUUUUUAUGAUAUUCACCCACUUAUCUUUCAACCCCUGGUAUAGCCUACAUAGUAUUACACAAUAACAAUCUUAUCUUUCAACCCCUGGUAUAGCCUACAUAGUAUUACACAAUAACAAUCUUAUCUUUCAACCCCUGGUAUAGCCUACAUAGUAUAACACAAUAACAAUCUUAUCUUUCAACCCCUGGUAUAGCCUACAUAGUAUUACACAAUAACAAUCUUAUCUUUCAACCCCUGGUAUAGCCUACAUAGUAUUACACAAUAACAAUCUUAUCUUUCAACCCCUGGUAUAGCCUACAUAGUAUUACACAAUAACAAUCUUAUCUUUCAACCCCUGGUAUAGCCUACAUAGUAUUACACAAUAACAAUCUUAUCUUUCAACCCCUGGUAUAGCCUACAUAGUAUUACACAAUAACAAUCUUAUCUUUCAACCCCUGGUAUAGCCUACAUAGUAUUACACAAUAACAAUCUUAUCUUUCAACCCCUGGUAUAGCCUACAUAGUAUAACAAUCUUAGUUGUGAAAUAAUCAAAUGGAUGAGGUGACCAAUUGUAUUUAGCUUGAUUUGAUUGGACAUAUUCCUCUAUUUGUGACCCCAUGGUGGAACAACUUUAGCUGACGCUUUUCUACACCAAAUGAUGUGUAGUUGGGAGCUGUUCCAGACAGAGACAUGCUGUUCUGGGGUUUUUACUUGUAUUGCUAAUGCUCACCUACUGCCAUCCAGUAUGAAAUAAACACACUUCUCUGUUCAC